AGAUAUCAGUUUGGCACUGUUAUGGGCAUAAAAGUUAGCCAGCUGUUUCUUUAUGGAGCUUUAGGCGUACUUGUAUCAUGGAUCGCACUUUAUUAUCGAUACAACGAUGACAGCAAAAUCACUGCACAGCAAUAUGAACUUCCACCGCGACCGAAACUGGAAGGACCUAUGGCGAUUAACGAUAAAUUGAAAAAUGUGGAGUAUAUUUUGAAGGAUAAAAUAGAUGGACCAGAAUCAUUGCUAGUUGAAGGAGAUUCUAUCUAUACGGGUCUCUACGAUGGACGAGUUGUCCACAUCAAAGGCGACAAGAUUGUGAAGGAAGUGCGUUUUACAAAGCAGACCAAAUGCGGAUCAUACGAAACUGAACCGAUCUGUGGUCGCCCUCUAGGAAUUCGUAGACUCAGUAAAAAGGAGCUGCUAGUAGCAGAUGCCUAUUUAGGAAUUUUUGCAGUGGAUAUGCAGGCAGGUACUUUUCGAAAUAUCAUCAAGAGCAAUAUACCCGUUGAAGGAAGGCUGAUGAGGUUCAUCAAUGAUGUCGAGGUGCUGAACGAGGACGAGUUUGUGUUUACGGAUAGCUCUUCGAAGUGGGACAGACGCCAUUUCUUCCAUAUAAUAUUAGAACACGAGGCUACAGGAAGAAUUCUCAAGCACAAAAUCUCAGCUGGGGAAACAACCGUAGUUCUUGAUAAUCUAUUCUUCCCAAAUGGGAUUCAGGUCCAUCCCGAUGGCAAAUCACUUUUGUUUGCAGAGCUGAUCGAGGCAAGAAUCAAUCGAUACAAUUCUGAAACGAAAGAGGUGACCCCGUUCGCUACGAAUCUACCAGGUUUUCCGGACAAUAUACGACCAGGGGCGGGUAGCACGUUGUGGGUAGGGUUGGGUGGUGUUCGACAUGAGGACGCCUUAUCAAUGAUAGACGCAGGUGGAGCAUUCUCAUUGAUUAGGCAACUUUUGAUAGAUUUCAUACCCGAUGACUGGUGGGUAAAAUACUCCCACAUGGUGAAACCGAAACACGCUAUGGUAGUUCAACUGAAUGCCGAUGGUGAAAUUGUGCAAACACUCCACGAUGUUAAUGGUGUACAUAUCCAAGAUGCUUCACAGGUCUCACAAUACGGUGACUAUUUAUACUUUGGCAGUUUUCAUAGCAAAUACAUUGCAAGGUUACGUCUUGAAGGAUAAACGAAAGUCUCAUUGUUCUUACUGAUUUUUUUCUAUUAACUAAUGUUUGUUACUGCCUUUAUCUUAAAUAAAACCGUUUUG